AUUUUCCUUACCUUACUCUAUGCUCAUAGACAAAUACUUGAAGUACUCCGGAAUUCAUUCGAUUUCUCCUUCUCCACAACUUCUCCAGAGUCUCCGCAAAAUGAUCCAGCUCAACAUUCAAAUGGGAAAGUUGAUGGAGAAUCUUAUAAUUUUUUGGUUGAUCGUUAUCGAUGUGCAUGAUAUUUGAUCCAAUCAACGAUGAUUAUGCAAAGAGUGGGUAAACCGCUCUGUUGGCUUUAAUUCUGUACCUAGCUUUAGUGGGGGGCUAUUACGAAAUCCGGACAACAACGGAAGUUGAGAACGAAAGGAUUUAAAUUGACUUCAAUCCCCACGGAAAAGAACUUCUAUUCAAUAACCACAUACUUCGAAUCAACUGAAAGAUCAAGAUCAAGAUCAAGAUCAAGAUCAAUUGCGAAAGCUCCUCAAAACUCAACUCCACUCAAUCAAUUAGAUCGCACUUACGAGUGUGAUCCCCCCGUCGUCAAGACGUUUUCCAAUCUUCUCAACUCGUAAGUGCCCCUUUUUAAAGAAUAUAUCCUCAAUGGAGGGAGCUCUUUCCCAAGCUUCUAUCCUCAUCACCACUUGAAGUCAUUCAAAUUCCUUUGUUUACAUCUGCGCAUUACGUCCUUCCACAACUUUCAAUGACGUUACGAUGUCGGGCAUAUCUCCGAUCUUCUUGUCAUUUGUUGCUUUCAUGCUUCCUUCCCAACAUGCAAUCGACCGUCAACAAUCUCUCAAUGAGGGAGGAUCAUUUGGGAAAUACGCAUACUAACCCUCUACCUACAGAUCGCACCAUCCUUUUGCUGGUGCCCGUUGCUCUUCUCCAGCAGGAGCAUCGGACUCGCCGUUUGUUAGAUAAAUAGCUGUUCAAUCAUCUGAAUUCUUCUUCCAAACACAACAUUUGCAAACACUUUUUGUCUAUACAUUUGUAACCAUCAAACUCGAAAACAAUCUUACAUUUGCUCUUGCAAGCUUCCUACACUAUUACAUCAGUCCUAAGAUUCUUUCAAAACAUCUUCUACCUCAAAUCAAGAACUUUUUAAGAACUUUUCGAGUUUUCUAAAUCAAUCAAGAUGGCUCCUCACGCAAACGGCUCCAGCAACAUGGGUGGUGCAAUCUCCCAAUCCUCUAACCAAGACUUGUUCACAGUCAGCUCUCCAAACGUUAUCUACACUGAUGACGAGAUUCGCUCCAAGUACAAUUACCGUACAACUUCAGUCUCUCAGACUGCUAAUGGCAAAUUUGUUGCUACUCCCAAAGACACUGUCUAUGACUUCAAGGUUGAUCGUAAGAUUCCCAAGACAGGUAUGAUGCUUGUCGGUUGGGGUGGAAACAAUGGUACAACUGUCACUGCUGGUAUCAUUGCUAAUCGUCGUGGUCUUUCGUGGGCUACUCGCGAGGGUAGUCGUGAUGCUAACUACUAUGGUUCUGUUGUCAUGGGUUCAACCAUGAAGCUUGGUACUAACGCAAAGACCGGUGAUGAUGUCAACAUUCCUUUCCACAAUGCCUUGCCAAUGGUUCACCCCAAUGAUUUGGUCAUUGGUGGUUGGGACAUCAGUGGUUUCAACUUGUCUGAUGCCAUGGAUCGUGCUGGUGUCCUUGAACCUACCUUGAAGGCACAAAUCAAGAAAGAGAUGACUGAUUUGGUUCCACUUCCUGGUCUCUACUAUCCAGACUUCAUUGCUGCCAACCAAGAAGAUCGUGCCGACAACCUCGUUCCGGGUAGCAAAGCUUGCAAUGAACAUGUCGAAAAGAUUCGUCAGGAUAUCCGGUAACCAUACACUUUCUUUUUUGCUUUAUUUUCAUCAUUCGCUAAUGUUCUUCUUUUCAGUGACUUCAAGGCCAACAACGGACUCGACAAGAUCGUCGUUCUAUGGACUGCCAACACUGAACGUUUCGCCGAUCUCAUUGAUGGUGUUAACGACACUGCCGACAAUCUUUUGAAAGCCAUUGAGAACGGACACGAGGAAGUUGCUCCAUCUACCGUCUUCGCUGUUGCUUGCAUUCUCGAAAAUGCACCUUUCAUCAAUGGUUCUCCACAAAACACAUUUGUUCCUGGUUGCAUUGAGCUCGCAGAGAAACAUGGUUCCUUCAUUGGUGGUGAUGACUUCAAAUCUGGUCAAACCAAGAUGAAGUCUGCUCUUGUCGACUUCUUGAUCAGUGCUGGUAUCAAACUUACUGCUAUCUCCAGUUACAAUCAUCUUGGUAACAACGAUGGAAAGAAUCUCAGCUCUCAAAAGCAAUUCCGUUCCAAGGAGAUCUCUAAAUCUAAUGUCGUCGAUGACAUGGUAGCAGCCAACACUGUUCUUUACAAGGAAGGUGAACAUCCUGACCAUUGUGUCGUCAUCAAGUACAUGCCAGCUGUUGGUGAUAACAAGCGUGCUCUUGAUGAGUACUAUGCUGAGAUCUUCAUGGGAGGUCAUCAAACCAUUUCGUAAGCCAUCUUUCCAUUGAUCCUUAUGUUGAUAUCAUACUAAUCACCAAUAGUCUAUUCAAUGUUUGCGAGGACUCCCUUCUUGCUUCUCCAUUGAUCAUUGAUCUUGUUGUUAUUGCAGAGAUGAUGACUCGUAUUCAAUGGAAGGCUCACUCCACUGAUGGUGCCACGACUAAGGAUUACAAGAACUUCCACAGUGUUCUUAGUAUUCUCAGUUACAUGCUCAAGGCUCCUUUGACUCCACCUGGAGCUCCAGUUGUUAAUGCACUUGCCAAGCAACGUGGUGCUUUGACUAAUAUCUUCCGUGCUUGUGUUGGUCUUGAGCCUGAGAAUGAUAUGACCUUGGAGCACAAGCUUUACUAGAUUGUCUCUUUGGUCUAAGCUGAUGGAUGAUUGAGUUUUUCUGGUGGGGUGGGACUUUUGAUUGAUUCUCGAACUGCUUCUUACUGUUCUUUUCUACCUCAUGGUGAUACCUAAAUACCAUGCAUUCAUUCAUUACCUAGAAUAGUUUUUUUAACAAGAAUUGAAGAGAUUGCAACUUCAAAUAUUGACUUUCAU